AUGUCCCUACCGAGUGUCCGACUAUGCCCCUACCGAGUGUCCGCCUAUGUCCCUACCGAGUGUCCGCCUAUGUCCCUACCGAGUGUCCGACUAUGUCCCUACCAAGUGUCCGACUAUGUCCCUACCGAGUGUCCCAAUAUGUCCAUACCGUGUGUCCCACUAUGCCCCUACCGAGUGUCCGACUAUGUCCCUACCAAGUGUCCGACUAUGUCCCUACCAAGCGUCCGACUAAUUCCCUAUCGAGUGUCCGACUUUGUCCCUACCGAGUGUCCGACUAUGUCCCUAUCGAGUGUCCGACUAUGUCUCUACCGAGUUUCCGACUAUGUCCCUACCGAGUGUCCUACUAUGUCCCUACCGAGUGUCCUACUAAGCCCCUACCGAGUGUCCGACUAUGUCCCUACCGAGUGUCCUACCAUGUCCCUAACGAGUGUCGGACUAUGCCCCUACCGAGUGUCCGACUAUGUCCCUACCGAGUGUCAGACUAUGUCUCUACCGAGUGUCCGUACCGAGUGUCCUAUUAUGUCCCUACCGAGUGUCCGACUAUGUCCCUACCGUGUGUCCUACUAUGUCCCUACCGAGUGUCCGACUAUGUCCCUACCGAGUGUCCUACUAAGCCCCUACCGAGUGUCCGACUAUGUCCCUACCGAGUGUCCGACUAUGCCCCUACCGAAUAUCCGACUAUGUCCCUACCGAGUGUCCGACUAUGUCCCUACCGAGUGUCCGACUAUGUCCCUACCGAGUGUCCGACUAUGCGCCUACCGUGUGUCCGACUUAGCCCCUACCGUGAGUCCGUCUAUGCCCCUACCGAGUGUCCUACUUUGCCCCUACCGAGUGUCCUACUAUGCCCCUACCGAGUGUCCUACUUUGCCCCUACCGAGUGUCCUACUAUGUCCCUACCGAGUGUCCGACUAUGCCCCUACCGUGUGUCCGACUAAGCCCCUACCGAGUGUCCGACUAUGCCCCUACCGUGUGUCCGACUAUGCCCCUACCGAGUGCCCGACUAUGUCCCUACCGAGUGUCCGACUAUGCCCCUACCGAGUGUCCGACUAUGUCCCUACCGUGUGUCCGACUAUGUCCCUAUCGAGUGUCCGACUAUGUCCCUACCGAGUGUCCGACUAUGCCCCUACCGAUUGUCCGACUAUGCCCCUACCGAGUGUCCGACUAUGUCCCUACCGAGUGUCCGACUAUGUCCCUACCGAGUGUCCGACUAUGUCCCUACCGAGUGUCCUACCAUGUCCCUACCGAGUGUCGGACUAUGCCCCUACCGAGUGUCCGACUAUGCCCCUACCGAAUGUCCUAUGUCCCUACCGUGUGUCCGACUAUGUCCCUACCGAGUGUCCUACUAUGUCCCUACCGUGUGUCCGACUAAGCCCCUACCGAGUGUCCGACUAUGUCCCUACCAAGUGUCCGACUAAUUCCCUAUCGAGUGUCCGACUUUGUCCCUACCGAGUGUCCGACUAUGUCCCUAUCGAGUGUCCGACUAUGUCUCUAUCGAGUGUCCGACUAUGUCCCUACCGAGUGUCCUACUAUGUCCCUACCGUGUGUCCUACUAAGCCCCUACCGAGUGUCCGACUAUGUCCCUACCGAGUGUCCGACUAA